AUGCCGGAGCGGGUGUCCCCGUGUACCCCCCGCCCCGCGCUCACCCCUCUCCCCAGUUUCAGGUAUGGGGGGGGACGCCCGGGGCUGGGGGGGCUCCCCCCCCCGCCCCCCCCCCACCCCCCCUCCCCGGCCCCGCGCCCCCCAGCCCUGCGCUGCCUGCUCCUGGCCGGCCCGGCCGCCGGCUGCGCGGCCAUCGGCUGGCUGGCCACCGUCGCGCGCUGCCAGGAGGCCACCGUGUCCCCCGGCCCCCCCGAGCCCCCCGAGCCCCGGCCGGAGCCCGCCUUCGACUGGCCGCUCUUCUGGGCCUUCCUGCGCCCCCAGCUCCUGGCCCUCUCGGCCGCCGUCCUGCUGGCGCUGGGCGCAGCCCUGCUCAACGUGCGCAUCCCGGUGCUGCUGGGGCAGCUGGUGGACGUGGUGGCCCGCUGCGCCCGCGGCCCGGUCACCGGCUACCUGCGGGAGGUGCGGCGCCCGGCCCUGCGCCUGCUCGCCGUCUACUGCCUGCAGGGGCUGCUGACCUUCGGGUACAUCGCGCUGCUGGCGCGCGUCGGCGAGCGGGUGGCGGGCAGCGUGCGCAAGGCGCUCUUCAUCUCCCUGCUGCGGCAGGACGUGGCGUUCUUCGACGCCAGCCGGACGGGGCAGCUGGUGAACCGGCUGACGGCCGACAUCCAGGAGUUCAAGUCCUCCUUCAGGCUGGCCGUCUCCCAGGGCCUGCGCAGCGGCACGCAGACGGCGGGGUGCUUCGUCUCGCUCUACGUGCUCUCGCCCAAGCUCACCGCGCUGCUGCUGCUGGCGCUGCCGGCGCUGGUGGGCGCGGGGGCCCUCAUCGGCGCCCUCCUCCGCAGCCUCUCCCGCCGGGCGCAGGAGCAGGUGGCCAAGGCCACCACGGUGGCAGACGAGGUGCUGGGGAACGUGCGGACGGUGCGCGCCUUCGCCAUGGAGGACCGGCAGGCGGGGCUGUACUGCGCCGAGGUGGACCGCGCCGGCGCGCUGAGCGAGCGGCUGGGGCUGGGCAUCGCCGCCUUCCAGGGGCUCUCCAACCUGGCGCUCAACGGCAUCGUGCUGGGGACCAUCUUCGUGGGGGGCUCCCUGAUGGUGGGGGACGAGCUCUCCCCGGGCGACCUCAUGUCCUUCCUGGUGGCCUCGCAGACGGUGCAAAGGUCCAUGGCCAACAUCUCCAUCCUCCUCGGGCAGGUGGUGCGUGGCCUGAGCGCCGGCGCCCGCGUCUUCGAGCUGCUGCGGCUGGAGCCCGGCGUGGGGCUGCGGGGGGGGGGCUCCAUCCCCCACCACUCCCUGCUGGGCCGCGUCUGCUUCCACCGCGUCUCCUUCAGCUACCCCUCCCGCCCCGGCUACCCCGUGCUGCGCGACUUCAGCCUCACCCUGCCCCCCUGCAAGACGGUGGCCAUUGUGGGACCCUCCGGAGGGGGGAAGUCGACGGUGGCGGCGCUGCUGGAGCGGUUCUACGAGCCCACGCAGGGCACCAUCACCCUGGACGGCCACGACAUCUCCCGCCUGGACCCCUCCUGGCUGCGGGGGCGCGUCAUCGGCUUCAUCAGCCAGGAGCCGGUGCUCUUCGGGACGACCAUCCUGGAGAACAUCCGCUUCGGGAAGCCGGGAGCCUCCGACGCCGAGGUGGUCGCCGCCGCCCGCCUGGCCAACGCCGACGGCUUCAUCCGCACCUUCCCCGAGGGCUACCACACCGUCGUGGGCGAGCGGGGCGCGGCGCUGUCGGGGGGCCAGAAGCAGCGCAUCGCCAUCGCCCGCGCCCUGCUGAAGGACCCGGCCGUGCUGGUGCUGGACGAGGCCACCAGCGCGCUGGACGCCCAGGCGGAGCGCGCCGUGCAGGAGGCGCUGGACCGGGCCGCCGCCGGCCGCACCGUCCUGCUCAUCGCCCACCGCCUCAGCACCAUCCGCCACGCAGACCUCAUCGUGGUGCUGGCGCGGGGACGGGUGGCCGAGGCGGGGACCCACGAGGAGCUGGUGCGACGGGGGGGGCUCUACGCCGAGCUCAUCCGCCGGCAGACCGAGGACGGAUCCUGAGCCGGGGGGCGGGGGGGUCCCGCUCCCCACGUGCCCCCCCCUGCUGCUCCCCAAUAAACCAGGGAUGGCCGGUGGCCGCGGCGGCUCUGCA